GCCACUGCCGGAAGUGACGCGUUUCACCUGCCGAGCGAAGGAGGGCGGGGUGGGGCUGGGGUGCCGAGGUGCCGCAGUUGCCUGCCAGUCGGGAGCGCGCGAGGCGCCGGGAGACAGACCCCGGGCGAGAUCCCCCUACCUGCAGUCGCCGCCCACGGCCGCGCCGCCACCAUGGGGCUUCUGCUGCUCUUCCUCCUCCUGUGUGGAGUUGCUGAUUUCGCCAGAAGUUUGAGUAUCACUACUCCUGAUCAGAUGAUUGAAAAGGCCAAAGGGGAAACUGCCUAUAUGCCGUGCAAAUUUACCCUUAGUCCGGAAGACCACGGCCCGCUGGACAUCGAGUGGCUGCUGUCACCACCUGAUAAUCAGCAGGUGGACCAAGUGAUUAUUUUAUAUUCUGGAGACAAAAUUUAUGAUGACUACUAUCCAGAUCUGAAAGGACGAGUGCAUUUUACAAGUAGUGAUCUCAAAUCUGGUGAUGCAUCAAUAAACGUAACAAAUUUACAGUUGUCAGAUACUGGCACAUACCAGUGCAAAGUGAAAAAAGCCCCUGGUGUCGGAAAUAAGAAGAUUCAGCUGAAAGUUCUUGUUAAGCCUUCGGGUAUACGAUGUUACGUUGAUGGAUCAGAAGAAAUUGGAAAUGACUUUAAACUAAAAUGCGAACCAAAAGAAGGUUCACUUCCAUUAGAAUAUGCAUGGCAGAAAUUGUCCAACGCACAGAAAAUGCCCACGUCAUUGAUAGCAGAAAUGACUUCACCUAUUAUAUCGGUCAAAAACGCUACUACUGAGUACUCUGGGACAUACAGCUGUACAGUCAGCAACAGAGUGGGCUCUGAUCAGUGCCUGUUACGCCUGGAUGUGGUUCCUCCUUCAAAUAGAGCCGGAACAAUUGCAGGAGCUAUUAUAGGAACUUUGCUGGCUCUAGUGUUGAUUGGUCUGAUCAUCUUUUGCUGUCAUAAAAAGCGCAGAGAAAAAAAAUAUGAAAAGGAAGUUCAUCAUGAUAUCAGGGAAGACGUGCCUCCUCCGAAGAGCCGGACAUCCACUGCCAGAAGCUACAUCGGCAGCAAUCACUCAUCCCUAGGAUCCAUGUCUCCUUCCAACAUGGAAGGAUAUUCCAAGACUCAGUAUAACCAGGUGCCAAGUGAAGACUUCGAGCGCGCGCCUCAGAGUCCGACUCUCCCCCCCACUAAGGUAGCUGCCCCUAAUCUCAGUAGGAUGGGAGCGGUGCCCGUGAUGAUCCCAGCACAGAGCAAGGACGGCUCUAUCGUGUAGAGAGCCUCUGCACGUGUCAUCUGUGGGCACUGCGUUUCGUUUCUUUCGAAAUAUGAAAACAGAUUCUGGUGUAAAUUUUGCUACCAGCCUCAAAAACAGAUCAAAAAGAAGGUAACCAGAAACUGUAAGAACUAUACUUCAAAAAGUUUUGUUUGAAAUGCUAAUAGCAUUAAAGUUACUGAAGACAAAUUCACCAUCUGAAAAGGAUUUCCUGGAAAAGGUUGAUUUUAUAGGUUUCUCAAUAUUAAUACUUAAGUAAUAUGUAGCACUUUGAAUAUGAAAUCACAGGUAAAGAAAUUGGUGAACUUAAACAUGCACACCAAGUUGAUACUUGAAUCAUCGAAAGUGGUACCUUAUAAUUUCUACCAUUAUUUUUAGGAUGCCCUUCUCAACUAAUUUAUGACUCUGUGGUACCCCAAAAUGGAUAAAGGAUCAUUUGUGGCAAAACACACUGAUAUGCAUGUUUGUUCUUAUUUUUAUAGCUUCUUGGAAAACUCUAAAUGUGUUUGGAAUAGCUCUAGUAACAGAAAACACCACAGUGUUCCAGAAAUUACUAGUUUUACUUUCACGUCAUUAAUAAACCUUGUCUAUGAAAUGAUUUCUUAAGUAUUUAAUUAAUAGACUGCCACAGGCAACAGGGACACAGUAACCUCUUUUAUCUGCUAAAAUGGAUUCAUUUAGAAAAUGUGCUGUUAGCUAGAAUACAUAGAACAAUGACAUUAGUGGUGCAAUAGUGAGGAUGGAUUUGGGUGGUGAGUAAUUGAUACCUAGAGGCCUGUGGUGGUCUUCAAAACAGUGACCAGCCAGAUCAAGGAUGGAGUAUUUUGCAGUUCCCAACUAGAUGCUGGCUUUCCACUUUAGGUCAUAUUUUUUCUCAUAAGAAAAAUUACAACUCAUUUAUUAUUUGACAGAUACUGAUUGAAAUUCCCUAAUUAUUGGUUCUAAAUUAAAAUUUUAUUUUCUGGUUCAGUGUUGUCUUUUGAUGGUGUUGCAUGUUAAAUGUUCUAGAAACAUGUAACUCUAAAUUUGCCUUCUUGAAUGCAGUUACUGGAGGACAUUUUCUUCAUAGACUCAAUGAUGAAAUACAUGUUAAGCUAGUUAGGUGUCCUCCAUCAGUUCUGUGUUUCAGACUUGGGAGGAUGUACAGUUGCUAUUGUAUGGCCAAGGUGUCUUCGUGUAGUUGCAGAAAAUCAAGUUGAGCUUUGAAAAAUUUGAGUCUUAGUUUUGUGAAAGUGAUUUAUUCUUAAAAAAAAAAAAAAAAA